AUGGGGGUUUUGUUACGACUUUCUGGGCUUUUGCUCUCCUUCUUGUUAACAUUAACCUUCUGCAAUGGCAAGAAUAUGACAGUCAAGAUAGUUGGAUUCAUAGAUUGCACUGACUGCAUCAUUCAAGAAUUUGACAGUAACCGAGCAUCUUUAGGGCUUAGGGUUGCUAUCAGUUGCAAGUCCACAAAUGGAGAAAUGCAGACGAUGGGAAAUGGUGGUGUCGAUCGAGAAGGAAACUUUAACAUAACUCUCUCUAAUCAGAUUUCAGAUGAUGAAACGACUGUACAAGGAUGCUUGGCAAAGCUUCACAGUGCAUCAGGUGCACCGUGUCCUAUACAAACAGCCCAGGCUGCCUCGAUGAAAAUCAUCAGAUCCGAAGAUAAUGGAACACAAGCAGUAGAUGUUACACAGAAGCUAAAAUUCUCUCCUGGAACAUGCCAAUCAGCCUUCUUUUGGCCUUUCAUCAGAUACAAAUUCUUUGGGCAGCCUAAUAUAACAUAUGUACCGAAAUUGUCACCACCUCCAGGUCCACCAGUCGAGUAUGCUCCACCACCAUUGCAGGCUCUUCCUCCACCUGCGCCAGCUCCAGUGUCCAUAGAUCCCUCUUUACCACCCACUCAGUCACUGCCUCCUUUGCCGCCUGCUCAAUCACCAACUUCGCCAAUUCAAUAUUCGACUCCACCUUCAGCUCCAGGACCAAUUGAUCCAUCUAUACCACCCACUCAAUCAGCCCCUCCACCAGUGCAUCAGUAUUCAGUUCCACCACCAACUCCAGUAUGCAAAGAUCCAUCUUCACCACCCAUUCAAUCACUCCCACCAACAAUUCCUCCAGCCCCAGUAAAAGGAUCUUAUCCUACUCUUGCGCCUCCACCACCUCCGACAUUUGAAAGCCCCAUAAGCCCUCCCGUUUCUGCACCACCACUUUCUCCUCCUCCCUAUGCUCAGGCACCUCAUUCGGCAGCUCCAACAAAUAGGAAUCCAUUUGCACCACAUGUUCCCUCCUCCAAGAGGCCAAAUGCUCCUCCAAGUCCAAUUAUAAAAACACCCCUUGCACCUCCAGCACCAAAACUUCAACAACCUUUUACUCCACCCCCAGUUCCCAAAUUUGAAAAUGCACCACCACCUUCUAAACCAACUUACCAACCAAAUCCUCCUAGUAUAGCUCCUAUUUCUCCAAAGCCACCUCCUUCUCCUAUUGAAAAAUCAUUGCCGCCUUCAAAGACGCCACUUCUUCCCGUCCCAAAUUCUCCACCGAGUAACGGACAUUCAAUUACCAUCCCAAGAGCUCCUCCCGUUCCUAAACUUCCCCACAUCCCUACUGUUCCUAGGAGGUUUUUCAACCCACCCAAAUCAAAAUACCUACCUCCCCAACCCUCUCAUCAUUUGCAUUAA